CCAAACCAGGCUGGGAUUCUCUAUACUGAGGACACAGAAGUGUACUGUGUGGUGACAGGGAAACGAGUCUUUUCUACACCACACACUUCACAACGUGAAUUUUCCUACACAAGAAUGAACUAGAUUGAAAAAACAAUUUAAACCAGUCUUGCCAGCUCUCCCCAAGAUACGCACAAUUAAUAUUUUUAAUUGUCAGGUUUUUGCUGCUCAGGGCUGUUUGCAGAACACCAAACCAACGGGCUCGCUUGGCAAGCAGACAGAACUUCUGCAGGGCUCCCACGAAGCCUCACGCAUGCUGCACCAGCCCAGGAGCGGCAGCAAUGGGGUGCUCCGUGAAGAUAAAAGCCAAAACCACAUGUGAGCUGACUCAUGAGCCACCCGUCCACAAAUACCUACGCAGCUAUUUUACUUCCCCAGCACGGAAGUAAUUGUUGAUGUUUCAUCACUGAGAAAAAGCAUGCACAACAUUUCUUGCAUUGAGACGCAACACUUGUAGGGGAGCCCCUGCUCAGCAGACCAUUUCCCUAUGCCUAAGACCCACACUUCGGAGUUAAUAGCCAAGGUUUGAAGUCAUUUGACAACAACGAUGCUAAUAUACAGCUUCUCCUUUCAGAAAGAAAAUGUUUUAGUUCCUGUUACUCGAUUUUCAGAUGUCAGUGGUUCGAAGGCAGGCUCUAACUCACCCCCAAAUCACUAACACGUCAGGCAGAUGUUGGCUGGUAUUCAGCACCUGCAGCCCUCCCCCGGGGAGGCACUAAUAAACAAUUAUUACAGAAUAAAAGGUAAAUCUAUAAUGUGAUUGAAUCAAACCGACAAAUUAGACUUUGCAUAUUUCCCAGCAGCACGGGGCUCUGUGGAAAGCCAUGUAGGGUAUCGGCAGGCAGAGCAACCAGGCAAAUCCAGAGCUCUGCAUGUGAUGGGGGCAUUCACGAGCUGUUUGGUCCAAAGCCUUCCUCAAGGUCCUUCUUCUGCCUUGUAGCGUGUGGAGUCAGCACAUGGACGUGAUGGGCAGCCGGGAGGGGAAGCCUGUUCUGAAGCCCAGCCAUUGUUUAGGCAAUGUAGGCAAACUUCAUUGCUUAAGGAGAAUCACAGGAACAACCAUGUAAACCUUCGCCCUGGCAGGAGCAACACUCAGCUUGCCGCACCAGCAUCAGCCUGCGGCAGUCGGCUCCCUGAUGGAGCUCCCUGGCUUUGCGGGCUUGGCCUGGACCCUCAUGUGGAGGUGUGUCCUCAUGGUUGUCAUCCCCAUACUGUGGUGACAUGCCCUGGAGUUCUCAUCUUGUGCUGCUUUUGUCAUCCAGAAGAGAACGAUGGAGAUGUUGCUCUGGAUUAGCUACUUCAGCUCUGCUUGCACCAGAACUGCCUUUGGAUAGCCUGUGGGUGUUAGCUCAGGCAGCAUGGAACAGGUUUCCUCUGAGGCAAACACAGGGAUUUUAUACAAGAACAGUUUAUAAACAAUCCUUAAAACAAGGAUGUUUCCAUCUCCUGUUUGCUGUCCAGGUCCUUCUCUGAGCUGUUCAGCUUUCACAAAACACUGUACAUGGAGCAGAGGUACCGAACAGGGAUUUGGAUUACAGCCCAGUAGUCGGGAAGACUGGGUGCCAUGGCAUCAAACAUCCGGGCUUUAAAUCCUUGAAGUCCUCACUUGCCAGCAGUACAGUGAGGGAUGUGAUAUAUGGAUCUAAAUUGUGAAAAGGUUCUAAUUUUCUUAAUUCUAUAUAGAGUUACAAACACCAAACUGCUUACUUUUCUGUCAGCCCAGAGUGUUUCCCUGUGUUGUAUUUAUAGCACAGGGAAAUCACAUAAUUUGAGAAUUUCCUAUUUAUUUCCUCCUUCCUUAGGCUAAAAAGACAGUUUUCUUUUUGUUAAAGUCAUAAAAGAUGAAACCUGCCCUUCGUGUGCUGGUUUGUGAACAAAUAUUUAGAACAGCAAUAGAGAAGCUUCAGAGAGGGAGGAGGAUGAAAACUGGGGUCCCUGCGCCGCUCAUGGCCCUUCCUCGGGGCAGCACCGCACGCUUAGAACCACAGAAUUACAGAAUCACAGACUCAACUGGGUUGGAAAAGACCUUUAAGCUCAUCCAGUCCAACCCAUUCCCCAGCACUGCCAAGGCCACCACUAACCCAUGGCACUGAGGGCCUCGGCUACACGGUGUGUGAACACUUGCAGGGACGGUGACUCCAGCCCUGCCCUGGGCAGCCUGUUCCAAUGCCUGAGCACCCUCUGGGGAAGGAAUUGUUCCUCAGCUCCAUGUAAACCUGCCCUGGCGCAGCUUGAGGCCGUUUCCUCUUGUCCCAUCCCUUGUUCCUUGGGAGCAGAGACCAGCCCCCUCCUGGCUCCAUCCUCCUGUCAGGCAGUUGCAGAGAGCGAUCAGGUCCCCCGUGAGCCUUCUCUUCUCCAGACUAAACCCCGCAGGUCCCUCAGCCGUUCCUCAUCACACUUGUGCUCCAGGCCCUGCACCAGCUCCGGUGCCCUUCUCUGGCCCCGCUCCAGCACCUCAGUGUCUCUGUUGCAGUGAGGGGCGCAGAACUGACACAGGACUCGAGGUGCUUCACACUGUUACCCCUUCACACGCAGCAACUGAGCUCACUUCAGCGCGUACGCGCCCGGCCUCGACCCGAACCUCCGCGGGCCCGGCUGCCCGGGGCGGUGCCGGAGGAGGCGGUGCCGGAGGAGGCGGUGCCGGGCCCGCUGCCCCCGCUCGGCGCCAUGGCGGGCGGCGCGGCGCGGGUGCUGCUGGCCGCGCUGCUCGGCGCGCUGCCGGCCCGGCCCGAGCGGGAGCUGCGCUUCAAGCCGCCGGCCGAGGCCUCCGUGCGGCUCUUCACCGAGCCCGAGCUGGCCAGAUACGACGGGCAGCAGGAAGGACAGCCCAUUUACCUGGCGGUGAAGGGAGUAGUGUUUGAUGUCACUUCUGGCAAAGAAUUUUAUGGAAAAGGAGCCCCAUACAAUGCUUUGGUUGGGAAGGACUCAACAAGAGGAGUUGCAAAGAUGUCUCUGGAUCCAGCAGACCUUACGCAUGACAUAACAGGACUCACAGAAGAGGAACUCAAGUCCCUGGAUGAUAUCUUCAAUAAUGUUUAUAAGGCCAAAUACCCAAUUGUUGGCUAUACUUCUCGACGAAUCCUGAAUGAGGAUGGCAGCCCCAAUCUAGACUUCAAACCUGAAGAUCAGCCACAUUUCAACAUUAAAGAUGAGUUUUGAGGAACAUUUCUUUUCUGUUCCUAGGGAAUAUUAGCUUGAUUCCCUGUUGUUUGAGGUUCAUUACAACAAUUAGCUCUCAUGAGUCAAUUUUCUGUUCAGAAAAUAGUGUAUGUGUGCACACACGUAGUUUAGAGGAAACAAACAGAUCUGGAUCAGUGUCAUACACUUGGCUCUUUGCUCUGGAUUACAGGAACUAUUUCAUAUGAGAGUUCUUUCUGCCUGGAUUUGUCUGUUUACGAAGUGUGUAAUGUGAAAUUACAUUGUUUAGAAGAGAUAAGGAAGUUUUUAAUAGCUGAAACAUGACUGGUCUUCUUUUUUAAAUCCCAACUUGUUUCCCACUCCUUGGAAAAGUGUGAAUGCCUUAUCUAACAUCUUGCCCCAGUGCCUUGAACUAACAUCAGUUCUCUGUGCUUCAGGUGAGUGUAGGUAUCAGAUGUACAGACAGGUGUAAUAGAGGCUUACAUUUUAAAAAGCACUGUGGGAUUUAAUAUUUGAUCAUACUGAAUCUCAAUAUUUGAGAGUACUGAAUCUGAACCCACUCAAUCUCUUUAAAUGCAGUUACUGUGGAAGAUUUAGGCAAAGCCUACAGCUGUAAACCAAGAAAAAUAAAUCUUUUUUCCCCCAUAAGAACUACUGUAAGAUUUUAGGACUAUUAUUAUGUUAGUUUUGAAUAAAUGACACAUUACUUUUGUUAAUUAAUAAAGACCUACGUCUGCAUUAGAUUAUGAUGAUUUCCUUGUAGCUUCCUCCACUCUGACACAUAAAGGAAAUUGUAGCCCACUGUUUCGCACAUACUCACACAGCACGGGUUUAUUGUAAUGGUUUAGUAUCCUGUGGAUAUUGUUAGCAUCUUUCUAUUGACAACUGCAGCUCUCAUUUUUCAUUUCUAUUAGUUUUUCUUUGUUCUUACUCUAGCUUCAUCCUUGCUGUUGCCAUGAAGUGUGCAUUCAUCCGUGUCUCUUCUUUUAACCUAAUAUAAAGCUGCACAUCCUGAUGGAUGAAAGCAGGGCCCUUUACCAGGUUUCUCUGGCAGGCUUUCAGCAACAAGAGAGCCCUAAAAGCACGUGCUAUGUAAAUUGCUGCUAGUCACUGACUUUCACUAACUUAAGGAGAAUGUAAAUUGCUGCCAAUUCUGUAUUAAUAAUAUAGAUAAAAAUACAGUUCUGUAUUUUGUUCUAUUUCUUUAGCAUUUUGGCCAUUUCCUUUGAAGGAAAGGUUUUAUUAGCUGAUUCUCCACUAUAUGGUUUGCAGGGGCCUGUCAGCUGAAUAACCAGAAAAGCUGUUUCUAUUUAUUUGUCCUUUCUUUCACAAUGUUACAGAUCUCUAAACUUGGUUUGUGUCUUAACGACAGAUCUCUUCAUUUGCAGGAGGGACUCCAUGGGCCCCCCUGCUGUUGGAUGGUGCUCUGGGGUGGAAUAAAUAACACCUAAGAAAAUA